GUCUUCCAUCAUCGAGAAGAAACCAAACAGAAACAGAUCCAAUAAAAGAUCGAAAAUCAAAUUCCCCCAAUUUCCUUAAAAUCCCCCCCGUCGAAUUCUACAAACAAGAAAUCGGCUUCUGGAUUCACUCUAUUGGCAUUAACAAAACAUGAAUUUUAUAAUUGGAGCAUUUAAAGCACCUUGUAACAUUUCGAUCACAUUGUCUGAUGGAAGAACUCGUAAACAGGUUCCAUUGAAGAAGGAAAAUGGACAAACUAUUAUGGUUCCUCUAUUUAAAAGUCAAGAGAACAUUAUAGGAGAGGUUGCUAUAGAACCAGUUCAUGGGAAGAAAGUUGAACACACUGGGGUUAAGAUUGAGCUUCUUGGUCAGAUAGAGCUUUACCUUGACAAGGGAAACUUUUAUGACUUUACUUCUCUAGUCAGGGAACUUGACGUGCCUGGUGAGAUGUAUGACAAAAAAUCAUAUCCGUUUGAAUUUUCAACUGUUGAAAUGCCAUAUGAGACUUACAAUGGGGUAAACGUAAGGCUCAGGUAUGUUUUGAAAGUGACUAUCAGUCGUAACUACGUCAACAACAUUGUUGAAUAUCAAGAUUUGGUGGUUCGUAACUAUACACCGCUUCCACCAAUCAACAACAGUAUUAAGAUGGAAGUUGGAAUUGAAGACUGCCUGCACAUUGAGUUCGAGUACAGCAAAAGCAAGUAUCAUUUGAAGGAUGUGAUUAUAGGCAAAAUAUAUUUUCUUCUUGUGAGAAUCAAGAUUAAGAAUAUGGAGCUUGAAAUAAGGCGGCGAGAAUCAACAGGAUCAGGGCAAAAUACGUAUGUUGAGACGGAGACCCUUGCGAAGUAUGAGUUGAUGGACGGUGCUCCAGUUAGAGGGGAGUCUAUUCCAGUAAGACUGUUUUUGAGCCCAUACGAGCUGACACCUACAUACCGCAACAUUAACAACAAGUUCAGUGUGAAAUACUACUUGAACCUCGUUCUUGUAGACGAAGAGGACAGACGGUAUUUCAAGCAGCAAGAAAUAAAUGUAUUUCGCCUCUUGGAAAUAUCUUGAUCGUUCCAGCUUUGACCAGUGGUCGGUGUUUAAUUCAGAUUACAAGAACAACACGAGGAGAGACACAAUAAUUGCUUCUUCAGUAGUAAGAAUGAUGUGAUCGUUUUAAAGCAAAUGUUAGUUACUGUAUAUUUAAUCAAAGGGCGUGGUUGAUUGGGGAUUAAUGUUUCUCUUGGUUUGUGGUGGUGGUGGUGCUCGGUUUUAACACGAUGAGGAAGUGAGUACUUGGACAUCCUCGCAAAGCCUUAUGGGGAGAAUGUGGUCUUGUGCUUCAGUUUGUUUCAAUGGAGUUUGCUGGGGGAUCUUGUCGUGGUUGUAUCACAUUUUAUCUUUUCCCCUUCUGAGAUUACAAACUAUUACUACAUAUCUUUUUUAUUUUUGAAACAAGUAUCUGUGGCUAGUUUGUUAGUAAAUACUUAAUACUAUUCAUUUAAAAGGCGAAUGAAGGUUUUAAAGAGAUCAACAAAUUUUUGAA